ACACUGGACAAAGGUCCUUAUACGGAUGUCCGAUUUAAAUGAUUGGGGCACAUUGUAAAACACCCCGCUUCUUGGAUCUAUAAAUAAGCCGCGGUCGGACCCCCAAGCCCCAUUUUCUCUACGGAUCGUUCAGAACAAGAAAGAUGAAUUUCUCCCAGCACGACGAAACUGCAGCAGCAGCAAUCAAUGAACACCCAGAGCUGUUCAUACCCGUCGAUUCGCAAAAUGAAUUAUUUAUACAGAUAGACUCGCCAAUCGAUUUCGAUAUUCAAGACGAAAAUUCUGUACAAAACCAAACAGAUUCUCAAAGGGAUUACGCUGAUUUGUACAGUCACGAUUCAACUUUCCCGGGUGUUUUAACACAAUUGCUGCAAGGUUCAGACACUCUAGAACUCUACAAAAACUGGGAGGAUCCAGAACCAACCACAACUUCUCAGAGCAUCAGGGGGUAUUCUCCAGCAGCCUCUCAGAGCAGCCGAGGGCAGCCUCGAGCAUCACGGGUCAUGCCUGAAAACGGGUCUAGCGGCAGCAGCAAAGAACGCGACAGCAGUGACAGCAGCAACGACAGUGAAACAGACAGCUUCCGUGAACGCGACAGCAGUGACAGCAGCAACGACAGUGGAACAGACAGCUUCCGUGAACAUCCUGUAGGGCGCAAAGUAGACAAUAAUGUCCAGCAGAGAAGUCAUCAGACCUUUAACAAGCUGCAGGGCCUUUUCCAGGUUUCUGGCAGUACCCCAUCGGGCAAUCCAUAUUUGUCUCAGAAAGUCCUAUCAACAUCGGCUCCUGCGGAACUUGUUUGUGCACCCAAGGCUGUCCUGGAGCUAG